CUCAGUUAGUGAAACUAUUAACGAAUAAGCUUCGCGGACACGCGUUCCUCGCGGUGGAAGACGCCGAGCUAGUAAGCUUAAACGAUUUUGCAAAUAAAUUAAAAAACAUGUUCGGGCCUGGAAAAACGGUCAACGAAUACAAGGGCGAAUUAGCAACGGUCUUCCAGCGGCCAGGGGAAGAUAUAUUGGACUACAUGGACCGCGUUAGGAACCUUAGAUUAGCCAUAAUAGACGGUGAAAAGUGCGGAUUCGACAUCAUACCUCAAGAUGUCUUAGACACAAUAGAUUGGGAUACAGCGGAGGCUUUCGUAAGGGGGCUUCCGAACGAGGUAAACUUGAGAGUAAAAAUAGCAGGAUACAGUUCCUUAGAAGAUGCGUAUCACCAAGCAGUGCGAGUAACGCACGAACUAAAACGAAUAAAUGAUAGAAUACGAUAUCAACGACCAAUACCUCCGAACAGUUUUAAUCGAAAUAACGUUCAUACCACGAAUAAUAAUAACAACAUCGGAAACAAUCGACCGCCUCGAAGAUUUGUAUCCUCUCCACAACAACCAAAUGUUCCGAGACAGAAUACGAUAACGUGCAACUACUGCAAAAAGCCCGGACACUUAAUAGGAGAUUGCUACAAAUUUAAAGCGAGAGUAGAUGCGGGGAUAAUAGUACCUUAUGUAUUUGGACAGUCGGGAAACCGAGCCCGUCCUUCGAGAGAACAGGGCGAGCCUCGAAGGAACGAUGUCCUAAAUCGCCCGAGAAUCCAAGUAGCAACGAGAAACCCACCACUUAUAGAGAAAACCAGAGCGAAUACAUUACCCCCUAUAACAUCAAAGGAACAACCACUAAACACGGUGGAAAAACCAUCCUGCAGCUAUAUGAAGACACGAACGAAGAAACAAAAAAAUUUCAAAGCAAAAGGGAAAGAAAAUACGAGAGGAAUCGACCAAGAAAGGUCACCAAGAGUCGGACUCAGAUUCGGACGACAGCCUCUCCGAAUUAUUUCAAUACGAUUAAAUGAUCCUACGAGUACUCCUACUGUGCGAAUAGUCUCACCAGACCUUAAAACUAAAACAAGUUUGUUAUUAGAUUCCGGAUCGGAAAUUAAUAUUAUCAAAAAACCUGCUUUACCGGAUUCAGCAAUCAUCAACGAACAAGAAGCAAUUGAAAUUCGAGGGAUUACGGCAACGAGCCUAGUCUCCUUAGGGCAGACAAUAAUACAGGUUGCGGGCCACCCAGUCGUUUUUCAUGUAGUCGAUGAUUCAUUGCUAAUCGAUCAAGACGGAAUCCUAGGAUCCGAAUUUUUUGCAGGUGCAAAGGCCCGUUUGGACUACAAGCGGAAAUACAUCAAAUGGGGAAAUAUUUAUAUCCCCUUCGAUACAAAAGAAAAAACAAUCGUGCCUAAAGGAAGUUCGGUAAUAUGCUUAAUUAAUAUUGCGAACCCGGAAAUGAAGGAGGGAUUUAUCCCAAAAAUCGAGUUCCCAAUCAACAUAAACGAUAUUAAUACCAAAGAACUUUCAGAAGAAACAGAAAUUAGGAAAUUGAACGACGAGACGAUAGGCAACGCUAAUCCACCGCCUAAUAUCACGGAAAUAUUAGAGUCAUUAAAUUGUGAUAAAGAUCAGACUACGGAAAAUAAAAGUAUAGCUAUUCCUAUACCGAAAACAGAAUCUGUAAGCAGAAAAGUUUGUAAUAAAAAUUCAAAGAAUAAUUCCAAAUCUACUGAAAAUAUUCUUAAACGUCCCAUACAAAUAAAUAAUAAUUUAAAUAUAAUAAGCACUUCCAAUGAAAAUAUUCAUCCUGAAAAGGUAGAGAAUAAUCAACAGGUUGUGAAUAAAGUAAAUAAAGAAGAAAAAAGGGUAACCGAGGAAAAGAAUUCUAAACAUUUUCAAGUUCAAAAAACCCAAGUUGAACGUGCUCAAAGAAAUCAAGAAGAAGAAAAUAGGGAAUCAUCAGUCGAAGAUUUAUAUAAAAACUUAAAUAAACACGCCAGCCAUUGGAUUACAAUUGGAUUAAAAAUAUUCUAUUGGUUAUUACAUCUAGUAUUUAACCUAGAUAGCAUAAAUGCUGAUCUUGUAACUCCUCUUGGAAAAUAUAGAUGGUAUUAUACUAUACUACAUUCAAAAUAUUUAUGGGUUAAUAUAGCUAUGACAUUUUCAAAAUUUAGUAUUUUGAAUGCUAUUAGCAAGCGAUUAAAUAAUUGGCUCAGUGAUAGUAAACUUGCGUCUUGGCGCAAAAUAAAAACUAAAAUGAAGAAAAAGAAGAAAAUAGUAAUCGGAUACAUGGUAGUCUUGAAACCAAUAUCACAAAGUAUAGCAGCUCGCAAAGGAAACGAAUGUGUACUCCCCGCACGAAUUAAACCUUGGGCACUUGACCAGAGAUCCCACUGGUGAAGUAAUAAUCGAAGAGAAAAUGGAAUCAACAUAUACAGAAUAUCUCGGAGAUAUGUUUGACAAAAUCAACACUGUGCAGCAAACAGCAAGAGAAAACUCGAUAACGUCCAAUUUAAAGCCAGAAGAGUAUUACUACAGACGAAUCAACCCGCAAAAUUCCAAAGUAGGAGAUCUAGUAUAUCCAAUAAGGGAACCUAGUAAAGGAAAAUUUCCUAAUCAAUCUACAGGACUGCAUAAAGUGUUAGAAAUUUUGCAAAAUCAAAACGUCAAGAUCAAAGUGAAUGAGAUUCUGCGAACAGUGCACUUGGACAAGUAAAACUAGCGCAUAAUCGAAAUAACAAUAUACUAAACAAUUUCAAGGCAACACAGUGCAGUAGUGUGUAGUGUAGCAUUGCUUGUCGAAUAACGCAGAUAGUGGGAAACCUAAAAAGAAAAAGAAAAAUUAUUGUGCACAUCCUAACCACUAUUUAAACAUAAAAGGUGUUAAUCUAAUAAAAUAAUUAAAGCAGUGAAAGUGAAAGUUACCUUGUGAAGAAUUAAUCAUCAUAGAAGGAAGUGUACGUACAAAGACAG